AUGUCCUCCCCUGCAUUGUCACCUCCUUCAUCGCCUGUUGCAAUGAGCCCACGCUACCAGUCUUCCAUCGAAAUACCUCUGCUUUCACCAAAGUCCUCCAGAUACAUCAACAAGUGUUACACUAUAAAAAACAACUGCAACACCAACGACCUGUGCAAAGAACCUCCACCACAAGCACAAGGGGGGCAGUCUAGGGACAUUAGUGUCACCGUGAGGACUGCUCCUGCUUCAUCUUCACUGAUUAGCCAUCAAUUAACCCCACCAUCUUUUGCUGCCAUCAGUCAGGUGCCUUCACCUGUUGGCAGGACCAUCUACUCAGCAACAAUGACUAAACAGUUCAAUUACCCAGAUUCUGCGGAUGAAUCCUUGUCUAUGGAAGCUAAAGAGGUGGCAGCUAUAACAGCAACUAUGCCAGAUAACAAAAAUGAUUCCACUUCAAUGCAUGAGGAUGGAGCCAACAGGUCGCAGCUUCAGUCAUCAGCAAGUGCUGAAAUUGCAUCAAUCAUGAUGAACAUGGAUGCCGUUAAUGCUGCUCUUACUGCAGAAUUGGAUGCAACUACUACUGCUGCAGCUGCUGUUGCUGCAAAAAUUUCAGAUAUCCAUAAAGAAUCUCCUCCAAAGCUGACUCAGUCUGUAUUCAUUGCUAAGGAACGACGUCGCUAUCCUGAACCAGCACCAAAGGCUCCAGAUUUAAUGUCUGCGAAUUAUACACUUCCAUCAUCGAGAAAGCUGAUCAAUUCGCGGCCUGGCCAAUCGGCUCCAGCAUCUCCGCGAGUCAAGCGUCAAUAUUCCCGAACGACCAGCCAUGACCAGUUUCCGGCUCAGUCGUCGUCGGUCCCCAGUUCCCCAAAGUCAAAGGGCAUGAGUCUCUUUCUGCGGCAACAACAACGUCUCAUCAGUCUUGGCGCCGACAUUCCAGAUGCUGACAAAAUUAGGCCACUUGAGUCGGCAGGACCUCCUCCACACUUUCCUCCACCCCCUCCAUAUGAACCCCCUUCUCCAAAUUCAGUCUUUGCUAGGCAAAUGCAAACAAUGCCUGUCCCAGUUGCCAAACAGCAGCCAAAAACAGACCUUCAACUUAAAGAUGCAGGACUUAGUUUUGGUAAAGGCCCAAGUAUUAGUACCACCACCUACACAUCUACGUCAUAUGCAUGUAAAAUUCCAGAAAGAGAAAAACAAGAAACUCCAGCAGACAGGAGAACUGUCUUUAAGUCCAUCAAUGAAACAGCAGAAAAUCCAAACUUGUAUUUCUCUCUUCCAACUAUUAAGCCUUUAAAGUCAUUCGGAUAUAGCCCACCUCAAAUUCCACUGUCACAGCCCACCUUGGCACCUUCUUCUAUGACAGCCCCAUUUAUAACACCUACAUCAGAUCAAGUUGCAUCAUCAGUGGUAUCCCCAGUAACAUCUCCUGUGCCAGUCCCGAUAAUGUCUCCGGUAAUGUCUCCUGUGCCGGCCCCGGUAAUGUCACCUGUGAUGUCACCUGUGCCGGCCCCAGUAAUGUCUCCUAUGCUUGCCUCAAUAAUAUCUCCUGUGCUGACCCCAGUAAUGUCUCCUGUGCCAGCUCCAUUAAUGUCUCCUGUACCAGCCCCGGUAAUGUUCCCAACUCCACCCCCAGCAUCCUCUAUCAGUUCACCCUUGCCUCUGACCUCUCCAAUGUCACCUGCACAAGUGAUUGAGAUCCCAGUUCAGAAGUCAACAGCUCCAAGUCCUACUGAAGACAUGCCUGUCGACACUUCAGAGGGAACAGUCAUACCAAUCCAGAUUCUACCAAAGUCCAAAUCACAGACUCCCUCAACCCAGCCAUCACCAACACCCAUUGUGCCUGAAAGUCCUGCAGCAAGCAGCUUGAUCGGUGAAGCACAAAUUUCAGAACCGGAACUUACCGCCUUGGAUUCGUCUGCUUUUCUUAAAAAAGAAAAGCCACCAGAUAUUCAACAGAACGGUGAGACAUUUGUUGCAUAUACACCUCCUGUUGCUCAGGUAGCCAGAACUGGUGUGUGGCAACCAGGUAUCGAAGCAAUCCCAAUUCAAUCAGAGGUAAAGCCACCUGUCAAAGAAAAAGAAAAUGGCCCACUAUUCCAGAGUGCAACACCAGUCUGGCAACCUUCAUCCUCUUUCAAUGGAACUGUAAAAAGAGAAUUCAAAUCUAUCAGGCCAAAUUUUGAAGUAGCUCCAAAACCUUUCGAAGAAAUAAAAAAGGUGAACUUUGACUUUUGGUUACAUUUCUUUUUUUCUUUCUUUAUUUCUAUUUUUCUUUUUGUUUUUUCUCAUUUUUAUUUUUUCUAG